CGAAGGAAACUCGGUGUCAGUUAUCCGCCAUGUUGGCUCUAAGUCACCGUUUGAGCGUGCGCUCUCUCGGCGCCGUGCUCGGAUCCAAAAUGGCGGCAGUUGCCUUCGCUGGUUUGGUUCAGGAUAAAAAAACACGGUCAGAGCCUGAGCUCUGAAGCGGCCGGUAGCGGGAGAGAAGUUCUCCUGCCCCGCUUUUGUGUUUUCGUUCCCCGCUGAUUUUACUCUGAAUAUAAAGGCAGGUGAUUUCUGGAGCUUUCAGUCACCCACCAUGAAGAUCUCAGACCGCCUACUGAGCACAGGUUGUGUUCUCCUCUUCUAAGCUGCCUGUACUCACCUCUGUGAACCAUGCCUGAAGAUUAGAGUACCCCUUCCUUGCCAAAUACAAUAAAAUCAAAUCUACAUGACCCUCCAUGUAGACCUCCUCUCUCCUUUCCCACUGGAGUGAACCCCCUCUAGUCUCGAUUCCUUCCUUUCCCUAGCAUUACCAUACAUCAUAAACCUCUCGAAGACAAACCGGGACAAUGUCCCCGCAUUUGAAGAUAGCUCCGACCUAAGACCCUGCAGUCCCAUGCGUCCUGUAAGCGGCGAUUCGUCCGGUGCUGCUCCUCCCGAGAGCGUGUCGUUGCUCGGCUCUCUUUCCCCGUCCGACAUGUCCCUGCUGCAGGCUCUGGGCCCGGUGCAGAGCUGGCUGGGCCAGGAGCUGGAGAAAUGUGGCAUCGAUGCCAUGAUCUACACUCGAUAUGUCCUCAGCCUCCUGCUGCACGACAGCUACGACUACGAUCUGCAGGACCAGGAGAACGACAUCUUCCUGGGUUGGGAGAAGGGAGCCGGCAAAAAAUGGGGGAAGGGCAGCAAGCGGAAGGGAGGGACGGACCUGACUCUGGAGGAACUGAAGAAGCAGGCCGCUGUGCAAUGCCUACGUUCUGCUUCUGAUGAAAACUCUGGAGUUGAAAGUUUGGUCGAGGAGCUUUGCUCCAAGCUCAAGGACAUUCAGAACAAACAAGAAACAGAAAAGCAAACAAUUAAGAAGCCAGACGAAUCCCGAUCUCCUGAAUUGGCUGAAUCACCUUCUUCUAAAGACCAGGUGGAAAUGUACUACGAAGCCUUUCCACCUCUAUCUGAAAAACCUGUUUGUCUCCAAGAGAUUAUGACUGUGUGGAACAAGGCCAAAGCGAGCGCAUAUUCCAGCUCGUCAUCUGCCGCUCCUCAAACGAGCACGGACACCUCCUCCCCGAAAGAUUGCACCAGUGAGGGUGAAGUCUUUAAGGAAAAAGCACCCGACGCACCGGACACCACCUCGACAACCAACGAGAAAAGAAGCAGCAAGAAGGAAAAAGAGAACCGAUACCACGGAGGAGCUUCUGGGGCAUGCAGUGACCAGGUCGUUUGUCAAAACAAAAGACACACCAGACAUCGGUCUUAUUUGGGACACCGUCCCAGGUCCUGGUCUUCAGGAUCCAGCGAAGGUGGCUCAAGCUCUAGCUGUAACCAGGGUGACGUAAAGGCCUCUAAAGGUGCUCGGGUCAGACACAAGUCUCGCGAGGUCAGCAGCAGAAACAAAAAAGGGCGAAACCAUGGCCAAGUAAAACUGGCUUUAAAGGCUAUUGAGAAAGAAGAGCGCAGGAACAGAGGUAGUAGUUUCAGUACCUCCGAUGGCCCUCUGAAGCUCCAGCAGCACUACACAAAGAAAGGCAAAAAGCCAUUACGAGAGCUUCGGAAAGAUCCCAGCUGGGUCGACUUGAAAGAGUCUGGCGGUGAAGCCAAUAACAGGGAAUAUGUUGAAGAACCCCUUUGGUACACCGAGCCCAUAUCAGAGUAUUUUGUCCCAUUCAGCUGGAGCAAACUGGAGACAAAGUAUCGAAGCAAACCAGAUUCUCCUAACGACCCAGCUACGUCCAAUGAUGUGGACAGUCUGUCCGAACAGGUACAAGGGAUCUGCAUUGCCAACACAUCGUUUCAAAGGGCAUACCUCUCAGCAGGUACGUUCGUGGAUGGGCACUUUGUCGAGGUGUCCAGCGAGGGAAACGAGGAGGCCACUGAACUGAAUGGGACCUCAUGCUGCCCUCUUCCUGAGGAUGGUAAAGAUUUAGAUGAUGAGCAUCUGUCUGAAUUCACUCACUUCUAUGAAGUCGAUAUAUAUCAAUCCAUAUUGGAUCCCAGUGCCUCAGAUGCAGUACAAGAAAGCCGGAUCUUGAGCAUGAUCCGGCAAAAGAGCAAUGAGCCUAGAGAGGCAGGGCGUUGUGUAGUUUUAGAUGGCUUUGAACUGCAGGAGGAAAGUGCAAUAAUGGCAAAUUCUUUGGAAGCUAUAGGAGAUGACGUGAUUCUUACGCAGGACAUGGAAAACAUCGCUCACAUGUGGGAAUGCUGCUCAUCAUCUAGUUCUGAGGAAUUUGAAGGUAGAAGCUGCACAGGUGACUCUCCGGUCAGGCUCUCCCCACUUCUGGGUGGCAUGCCAUUUAACCCGAGCACUUUUAGAGACCCUCCUGUCCAGGACGUGAGCGGGAGCAUGUCGGCCCUAAACUCCUGCUUCUCGCUCUUUGAGGUGCAGUGCGACACCUGCUUUCCCUAUUCCUGCGACUCUCUUACAUCCAGCCGCGAAAAUGUAGACUCGAGUUGCUGCCUAGAUCCCCAUACAAACAAACAGUCUCGCUUGCUAAUCUGGACCAAAAAUAGUGCCUUCGACGAGAAUGAACACUGCUCCAACCUGUCGACGAGAACGUGCAGUCCGUGGUCCCACUCGGAGGAGACGCGCUCGGACAUUGAGCAAGUAUCCGGCCAAGCAGAUGAUCCUUCUCAGUUUGGCAGCGAGGAAGCCGUCUGUGGAAUUCCUCCUGUUCCAACGGUGUACCUGAAAAAGGAGUUUUUGGAUUUCCUGCAGGAAAGCCCAAGUCACCAGCAAGAUGAAAUUAGUGCAGGCAUAGUGUCCAAUCAGACCUUCAACAAGGUCUCUAAACUGGAGUCUGUUUGCGGAAUAGCACUAGAGCAGGAAGAGAGCAAACAGUUCAACACUGUUCUGUUUCCGAAGACACCACCCAACAACGACGAUUACCGCUCAGGAAUAAUAAAAGAUAUUUGGAUGGCUAUCGGAGAAAGUGAUUGCGUCUUAACUCUCGAAGUGGAGAAUGCAGACGACGACUUGUUUUCGGAGGAGACGCCCAGUUAUCAGUGUGGCUGUCUUGACGGUGAGGUGAAGGAGCCUAUCGAAAAAAAGGCCAUACAGCGUUCAGAGUACCAUCUGUGGGAUAGUCAGAAGGAGGACCAAGGACUGGCUAAAAAUAAGGUCUCCAAGGUGGGCGGAGGAGACUAUGCAACACCUGCCAGGCCUUGGGACGUUGAUGUGGAAAGGGACAGUUCAUCGUUUAUUCUUGGAGGAGUGUACGGAGAGCUUAAGGCUCUAAACGGGGACAAGGAAUGGACUGUGGUUCCACCCAUCGGCACCUGUGGGAGCUUGUUGCAAUGUGCAUCGGCUUCCUCGUCCGAUGUGGUGACCAUUGCGGGGACGGAUGUAUUCAUGAAUGCGGGCAGUUGCUUUGCUCCUGGCCACAAGCCUCUGUGGCGACCUCUGGUUUCUUUCGGACAGAACGGUCAGGCUACCAAAGGGUCAGGAGAAGGGCUGAAUAAGGGAUUUUCUGUUAUCUUCCAUGAAGAUUUGCUUGGAUCCUGUGGAGGCUACUGUGGAGAGCAGCAAGGACUUGAUUAUCCAUUUUCAUCCUUCGAUCUCAAUAACCCUUUUUCCCAGGUCCUGCAUGUGGAAUGCUCUUUUGAACCAGAAGACAUGGCCUCGUUCAGCCCAGGAUUCAAGCCAAAAUCCAUAUUGUGCUCAAACUCCGACAAUGCGCCAUUCAGCCCACGGCUCUAUGGCAUCAACCGCACUCAGUACCGGGCCAUCCGCAUAUCUCCGAGGACUCACUUCCGGCCGAUAUCAGCCUCUGAACUUUCUCCCGGCUGGUGCAGCGUAUCGGAUGGCGAGUCCGAAAAGGAGGAAAUGGGUUUUCCUGUUCCUGACCAGACGGACCUCUUUGACGACCCACAGGCAGAUCUCAAACCCCUGGAGGAAGACGCCGAAUGCGAAGGCCCUUAUUACGGGAAGUCCGAACUGGAAUCUGGUAAAUUUCUACCAAGAUUAAAAAAGUCUGGCAUGGAGAAAAGUGCCCAGACGUCGCUCGAUUCCCAGGAAGGCGGGGGUGCGACUCUGACAACCACCGAGCCGGAGGUCUGCGUAGACUGCGAAAUCGCAGGAAAAGCCGCAGCCGCAGUGUCCGUGGUGAGCUGUCAUGUGAAGGCGCCUGUGGACACCCUUCAGAAAGAGGAGCCCUGCAGAGAAAGGGAGGCUUAUGGGUGUGAGGAAGCCAGACAGCUUCCGAAAUCCGGGAAAUCGUACGACCUGGAUAAAGAUGUGCAUGAGUUUCCCCUGCUGGGUUUUGGGGAGCCGAACGCGAGGGGGAGUCAGCGUGAGGAUUGCUGGUGGCAGAACACGCUUUGUUCCUCCAUGUUUUCAGGAUCUCGAUGCACAGAAAGUAGUAACAUAUGAGUUCGCUGCUGAGCACCAAGGCACGGUGGAGCAGAACCCAGCCGGACGCUUCAGAACCUCAACUCGCUCCUCCUUCCACAGUAAACCCAGCAGAGGAACGAGGAGGAGCGGCUUCAUCAGAACCCAUCGUCUUCAAUCUCCUGCCACACCCCCCUGGUCUCCUCCCUUUUCACCUCAUCCUCUGUAGUCAUUGGUUAGAAAUGUAACCAAAAGGGGAACCGACGUGUGUGUGUGUGUGUGUGUGUGUGUGUGUGUGUGUGUGUGUGUGUGUGUGUGUGUGUGUGUGUGUGUGUGUGUGUGUGUGUGUGUGUGUGUGUGUAGCUGAUAAUGAGGUGAUCUUUACUUUAACCCCAUUAGAUUUUUUUCCCUCCCCCGCAGCAUUUUGUGUGUCACUCCCUAACAUCUAAUCCACCUUUAAAAGGCGUAAUGGAAUGGAAGGAGUGAAUCUUUUCCCCAUUCACACGUUGUUUUUGUUCAGUUUGCGUUCCAUCCCCAGUUAGGCGUGAAAACCCGUCUGUGUAACGAGUGCUGGAGACGGGGAGGAAAGGAAGAAAGCGUGAGUGUGGGGGGGGAGGUUGGGGGGAGAUUUGACUUCUGAAUUACUUUAUUACAGUUUACAGCAUUAAGAAAAAAUAGAUAUUUAAUGAAAAAGUGAAAUAUAAAGGCGUAUAUAAGCUAUAGCUUUGAUUUUCUUUGGGUUUUUUCCCCCGGGAGGUAAAACGAUCUGUAGCACAGGAGAACGGUGCGAUUGUUAUUUUUCUUUUCUUUUCUUUUUCUUUUUGUUAAAGAACACUCGCGUGCCCUUCAGAUUUAGUGAGAUAGAGAGAGAGAGAUUUUGCACGUGUGAUAUACAGGGUUCCUUGUUGUUUUUAGGUUUAAAUCUGAAUUUAGUGAUAGAAAUUUUUUUUUUCUCCCUGCUUAGAAAUGUGCGAGAGUCUUCUUUUUUUUUUGUGUUACCUUGCAGUCUUGCGUGUUUUUGAUGUGGGUUGCUGAGUGUUUUUCCUUUUUUUUUUUUUUCUUUAUUUCUUUUCA